AUAGAAGGUGUCGCAAACGCCAUGUGCGCAUUACGUGGAACUAUACUCUGGCUGCUUUUACAGUUGGCCAAACGCAGCGACGCUAUUGCCCCGUCUGGCAUCGAGGCACUACAGCAAAUACCUCAAUUAAGCUACGACCAGGUGGCGCUCAUCGCUGGCAAUGCGACAGCCCGUUGCCAGCUGAUGCCGCAGCUCUGCGACUGGCAGCUGCAUCUGUACGAGGGCCAUCCAUUCCAGGUGGAGCUACCCAGCAGCCAAGGUGCUGUAGGCGAGCAGGUGGAGGUGGUGACUCGACCAGCCGCUGGCACAUCCACUGCUUCCCCAGACCUGUCACUGCUCAGCUUUGCGGUGCCCGGCAUCAACAACAACCACGAGCUACUCAUCUAUGCGCAGGUGGAGACGGUGUCCAAGCCAAAGCCAAAGCGAAGGCCAAAAACAAAAUCAAACUCAAAGUCAAAGUCAAGGAAAAGAAAGCGUCUGCUGGCCAACAACAUAAUGCUUAUGUAAACAAAAAGCCAAGUUCAAAAGUACCGCUACGGCUGUCUAAAUUCA